GAUUAGUGAUUACUUCAAGGACGGGAGGAAGGAAAGAUGCAUUUUUACAGUAUUUAAACAGGUAGGUCUCAAUGUCAGCUGAAUGUCAUGCAACGGCACUGUCACAACCAGUCUUCUCCACUUUCUCAGCCAGUGCCAACAUUUGCAACGUGGGCCUCAUGAGGCACAAUGAGCUGUCGGAGGGCAUCGACGUGCUGGACGGAAAUGGGAACGUGGUGGGCUCCUCAAAGAUUGCUGCCAAACAUGUGAGUGGCUGGCCAUCGGUGAGAACUCUCACACUAGUCUGUAUAAAAACACUGUUUCCUUCCUGGCUAUAAAAUGAAUGGAAUCAUUGCACAAAAACGAACUGCCUAGCUAGCAAUCAAACAUACUUUGCAGAUAUAUCAAAUUCAUAUUUCUAUUCAAUAUUUGACCAUAUUUGAGGGGUCUUUAGACUGAAAGAUACCCUGACCAAGAUAGCCAUCCUGUUAUCAUGUUGUCGAUAUGCCUAUACCCAUUCUAGUGUUCUAUUUAAUUAUGUGUUCCUGGCUAAAUAUGUUUUCUGUAAACUGUUGAUAUUGUAUAUUCAAUGCUGUCAUGAAUGUCUGUGGAAUGCGGUAGGCCAGAGUCAAGCGCAGGACACAGAAUGAAAUGAAAAUCUACUUUACUGUAUAGUAAAGAAACAAGCAAAACCUCCAACACAGGGAGGAGCAACCCGCUCACAAACGACACUCGUAACAAGUAACAAACACAACACACAGUGGGAGCGAACAGGUUAAAUAGGGAAGGACAUAAUACAUAAUGGGAAACAGGUGUGCAACACUAGAAAACACCCAGAUGAACAUAGAAACAUAAAACAUAGAUCGGCAGCAGCUAGUACUCCGGUGACGACGAAUGCCGAAGCCUGCCCGAGCCAGAAGGAAGGGCAGUCUUGGCAGAAUCCGUGACAGUUUCGGAUCGAGAGCCAGACCCGGUCCCCCGGUGCAUACACCGGGGCUUCACUGCGGUAGCGGUCGGCGCUCGUCUUCUGCAGCCUGAUGGCCCGCUGCAGGCGUUCAUGGCCAGCGUCCCAGGUCUCCUGCGAGUGCCGAACCCACUCGUCCACCGCAUGUACCUCGAUCUGGCUCUGAUGCCAAGGUGCCAGGGCCGGCUGAUAACCUAACACACUGGAAAGGAGUGAGGUCAGUUAAAGAGUGGCGGUUGGAGUUGAUUGCCAUCUCUGCCCAGGAUAGGAAAACCGACCACUCCCCUCGCCGGUCCUGGCAAUACGACCUCAGAAACCUACCCACCUCCUGGUUGAUUCUCUCCACCUGCCCGUUACUCUCGGGGUGAAAACCUGAGGUAAGGCUAACCGAGAUCCCCAACCGUUCCAUGAACGCCCUCCAAACCCGUGUGUAAAUAGGGCCUCUGCAGUUUGUAGGGCCGUAGGGAGUCCGGGCAGAGGAAGGAGGCGACAGGACUUAGAAAACCGAUCCACAACGACUAGGAUGGUUGUGUUCCCUUUUGAGGGAGGAAGAUCAGUCAUAAAAUCCACCGAUAGGUGGGACCACGGUCGUUGUGGAACGGGUAGGGGGUGUAAUUUCCCUCUGGGCAGGUGUCUAGGAGCUUUACACUGGGCGCACACCGAGCAGGAGGAAACAUAAACCCUCACGUCCUUAGCUAAGGUGGGCCACCAGUACUUCCCACUAAGACAGUUCACUGUCCGACCGAUGCCAGGAUGACCAGAGGAGGGUGACGUGUGAGCCCAAUAGAUCAAACGAUCGGGGACCUCCAGCGGUACGUACAUACGACCCUCUGGACCCUGGGGAGGAGUGGGUUCGUUACGCAACGCCCGCUCGAUAUCCGCGUCAACCUCCCAUACCACCGGUGCCACCAGACACGACGCCGGAAGUAUGGGAGUGGGCGCCACGGAACUCUCCUCCGUGUCAUACAGUCGGGACAGAGCAUCUGCCUUCGCCGCUCGGAUGUACUCCAGAUUGCGGUGGUCAGUUAAAAUGAGAAAAGGGUGUUUAGCCCCCUCAAGCCAAUGUCGCCACGCUUUCAGGGCUUUGACCACAGCCAACAGCUCCCGGUCCCCCACAUCAUAGUUGCGCUCCUCCGGGCUGAGUUUCUUCGAAAAGAAAGCACAGGGGCAGAGCUUGGGUGGCGUGCCCGAGCGCUGAGAAAGUACAGCGCCUAUCCCAGCCUCGGACGCGUCCACCUCAACCGUGAAGGCCAAGGAGGGAUCCGGAUGAGCCAGCACUGGAUUACGCACGGCCAAAAUGCGGUCACUCUCCAUCCUCACCCCAGACGCGGACAUGUGGUACCCUAGGAAGGAGAUGGAGUCCUGAAAGAACAGGCAUUUCUCUGCCUUAGCAUACAGAUCAUGCUCCAACAGUCUUCCAAGCACUUUACGCACCAGGGACACAUGCUCGGCCCUUGUAGUGGAGUAUAUAAGGAUGUCAUCAAUAUACACCACUACCCCUUGUCCGUGCAGGUCCCUGAAAAUCUCAUCCACAAAUGAUUGGAAAACUGAUGGAGCAUUCAUUAACCCGUAUGGCAUGACAAGAUACUCAUAAUGUCCAGAGGUGGUACUAAAUGCCUUCUUCCACUCAUCUCCCUCCCGGAUACGCACUUAGUUGUACGCGCUCCUGAGAUCCAAAUUUGUGAAGAAGCGUGCCCCGUGCAAUGAUUCCGUCAUACUAGCUAUCAGGGGUAAUGGAUAGCUGUACUUGAUGGUAAUCUGAUUUAAGCCACGGUAAUCAAUGCACGGGCGUAACCCACCAUCUUUCUUCUUCACAAAAAAGAAACUUGAGACAGGUGAAGUGGAUGGCCGAAUGUAUCCCUGUCUCAGAGAUUCGGUGACAUAUGUCUCCAUAGCCGCCCUUUCCUCCUGUGACAAAGGAUACACGUGACUCCGGGGAAGUGCAGCUCCUACCUGGAGAUUUAUCGCGCAAUCCCCCGGACGAUGGGGUGGUAAUUUAGUCGCCCUCUUUUUACUGAAGGCGAUAGCCAAAUCGGCAUACACGGCAGGAAUGUGCAUAGUGGAAACCUGGUUUGGACUUUCCACCGUAGUUGCCCACAAGGAAACUCCUACACACCUCCAUGAACACUGACCGGACCAUCCCUUGAGAGCCCUCUGUUGCCAUGAAAUCGUGGGGUCAUGAAUGGUUAAGCAGGGAAGUCCCAACACCACAGGAUACGCAGGAGAAUCAAUCAGAUAGAGGCUAAUCCUCUCCUCAUGACCCCCCUGCGUCCUCAUCAGAAGUGGAGCGGUGACCUCCCUGAUUAUGCCUGACCCUAACGGGCGACUAUCUAAUGCAUGCACAGGGAAAGAUUUAUCAACAGACACAGUAGGGAUCCCUAAACUACGAGCAUACUGGCGAUCAAUAACAUUCCCAGCCGCGCCUGAAUCUACUAGUGCCUUAUGCUGGGAAUGGGGGGGGAAACUCUGGAAAAACAAUAUCAAUACACAGAUUAGCAACAAGGGGCUCUGGGUGAGUCGGGUGCCUACUCACCUGAGACGGUCGACCAGUGCUCUGCCUGCUGCCUCGACCUCCUGAGAACCCUCCCCAGCACCGACCAGCAGUGUGUCCUCUGCGGCCACAGUUGGUGCAGGGGACGGUCCCUCUCCCCGUCUCCCUAACCGCAGCACCUCCGAGCUCCAUAGGGGUAGGCUCGGAGGAGCUGGGAGAUGGAAUGGACGGCCCCGAUCAGAACGUCCGCGGGCUGCCAACAGGUUAUCCAACCUGAUGGACAUGUCCACCAGUUGGUCCAGGUUGAGAUCGGUGUCCCUGCAGGCCAGGUUCCCGACGGACGUCCUCCCUUAAGCUGCAACGAUAAAGGUCGAUCAGGGCCCUCUCAUUCCAUCCUGCGCUGGCUGCUAAAGUUCUAAACUCCAGCGCGCUCCUCAUCUCCUGUCGUAAGUGUAACAGACGUUCACCCGCCGCUCUCCCCUCUGGUGGAUGAUCAAAUACCGCCCGGAAGCGGCGUGUGAAAUCCUCGUAGCGGACAGUUCGAGUCUAUUCCUCCCCACUCGGCAUUGGCCCAUUCAAGCGCCUUCCCCGAUAGACAGGAGAUGAGGGCGGACACGCCGGGUGAAUGGUGGCCAGGUAGAGCUCUACCUGGAGGAGAAAUCCCUGGCACCCGGCAGGUGUACCGUCAUAUGCCCUCGGGAGCGAGAGCCGAAUCCCACUGGACCCAGAUGGCGGAGUGGUAACCAGUGUUGUAGGUGGUUGAGUGGUUGGAGAUGGUGACGGGAUACCACCUCUCUCCCAUCGUUCCAUCGUCUGGAACACUCGUUCCAUGGUGACACCGAGAGUCUGAAUCAUCAUCUCUUGUCGUUGGACUCGUUCCUCCAUCGUCUCGGUUAAUCCGGCUGUUCCUGCUGACUCCAUAGAGGUGUGUGUUUCUGUCAUGAAUGUCUGUGGAAUGCGGUGGGCCAGAGUCAAGCGCAGGACACAGAAUGAAAUGAAAAUCUACUUUACUGUAUAGUAAAGAAACAAGCAAAACCUCCAACACAGGGAGGGGCAACCCGCUCACAAACGACACUCGUAUCAAGUAACAAACACGCACAACACACAGUGGGAGAGAACAGGUUAAAUAGGGAAGGACAUAAUACAUAAUGGGAAACAGGUGUGCAAUACUACACAACACCCAGAUGAACAUAGAAACAUAAAACAUAGAUCGGCAGCAGCUAGUACUCCGGUGACGACGAACGCCGAAGCCUGCCCGAGCCAGAAGGAAGGGCAGUCUCGUCAGAAUCCGUGACAAAUGCGAAAUGUGUAUUUUUAAUGUGUGGAGAAAUGUGUAUUUUUAAUGUGUGGAGAAUCCGUUUCUGAAUAGUCUGUCCACUACUGAAGUCAGUAUGAUUCUUCAUAUGAGGUUGAAUAAAGAACAGGUUUAUUUUAUAAUGUAUUAUUUGUCUAUUUAUACCUUUUUCUACAUGUCCAUAUGCCAUAUCCUUCUAAUCUCAUGGGAGGGGGAAUUUCAUCCACAUUGCAAUAUUUUGAAUUGAAUCAUGUGCACAAUAUUUUUCUUCCCCCCCAGGCAAUUAUGGAGACAGCCUUUACCAGAGUGGUCCUCCCGAUGCCAAUCUUUGUCCUUCCUCCCAUCAUCAUGUCCUACCUAGAAAAGUAUGUCAAGCUUCUAGAUGGGUCGGAAAUAUUUAUUGUACUGCCUUGUCAAGUCCCUGCAUUAAUGUCAGGAUAGUAUCAGUUGAAAUACCUAAAGCCUGAGGAACAGAGUUCUGGAUAGGACAAUGUUUACAACAGAUGAACAGUCUAUGGCAUUACAUUUUUUGCAAGAGGUGGAGUUGUUUACAAUUACUAUUGUAAUCAAAUCAAAUCAAAUUGUAUUUGUCAAAUGCGCCAAAUACAACAGUGAAAUGCUUACUUACAAGCCCUAAACCAACAAUGCAGUUUUAAGAAAGAAUACCCCCAAAAAAUACAAUACAAAAUAAUACAAAAUAAAAGUAACAAAUAAUUAAAGAGCAGCAGUAAAAAUAACAAUAGCGAGGCUAUAUACAGGGGGUACCGGUACCGAGUCCAUGUGCGGGGGCACCGGUUAGUCGAGGUAAUUGAGGUAAUAUGUACAUGUAGGUACAGUUAUUAAAGUGACUAUGCAUAGAUAAUAAACAGAGAGUAGCAGCAGCGUAAAAGAGGGGGGGGGUAGAAGCUGUUUAGAAGCCUCUUGGACCUAGACUUGUCUCUCCGAUACCGCUUGCCGUGCGGUAGCAGAGAGAACAGUCUAUGACUAGGGUGGCUGGAGUCUUUGACCAUUUUUAGGGCCUUCCUCUGACAACGCCUGGUAUAGAGGUCCUGGAUGGCAGGAAGCUUGGCCCCAGUGAUGUACUGGGCCGUACGCACUACCCUCUGUAGUGCCUUGCGGUCGGAGGCCGAACAGUUGCCAUACCAGGCAGUGAUGCAACCAGUCAGGAUGCUCUCGAUGGUGCAGCUGUAGAACCUUUUAUGGAUCUGAGGACCCAUGCCAAAUCUUUUCAGUCUCCUUAGGGGGAAUGGGUUUUGUCGUGCCCUCUUCACGACUGUCUUGGUGUGCUUGGACCAUGUUAGUUUGUUGGUGAUGUGGACACCAAGGAACUUUAAGCUCUCAACCUGCUCCACUACAGCCCCGUUGAUGAGAAUGGGGGCGUGCUCGGUCCCCUUCUUUUUCCUAUAGUCCACAAUCAUCUCCUUUGUCUUGAUCAAAUUGAGGGUGAGGUUGUUGUCCACGCGGCCAGGUCUCUGACCUCCUCCCUAUAGGCUGUCUCGUCGUUGUCAGUGAUCAUUCCUACCACUGUUGUGUCAUCGGCAAACUUAAUGAUGGUGUUGGAGUCGUGCCUGGCCAUGCAGUCAUGAGUGAACAGGGAGUACAGGAGGGGACUGAGCAUGCACCCCUGAGGGGCCCCCAUGUUGAGGAUCAGCGUGGCGGAUGUGUUGUUACCUACCCUUACCACCUGGGGGCGGCCCGUCAGGAAGUCCAGGAUCCAGUUGCAGAAGGAGGUGUUUAGUCCCAGGGUCCAUAGCUUAGUGAUGAGCAUUGAAGGCACUAUGGUGUUGAACGCUGAGCUGUAGUCAAUGAAUAGCAUUCUGACAUAGGUGUUCCUUUUGUCCAGGUGUGAAAGGGCAGUGUGGAGGGCAAUAGAGAUUGCAUCAUCUGUGGGUCUAUUGGGGCGGUAUGCAAAUUGGAGUGGGUCUAGGGUUUCUGGGAUAACGGUGUUGAUGUGAGCCAUGACCAAGCCUUUCAAAGCACUUCAUGGCUACAGACGUGAGUGCUAUGGGUCGGUAGUCAUUUAGGCAGGUUACCUGAGUGUUCUUGGGCACAGGGACUAUGGUGGUCUGCUUGAAACAUGUUGGUAUUACAGACUCAGACAGGGAGAGGUUGAAAAUGUCAGUGAAGACACUUGCCAGUUGGGCAGCGCAUGCUCGGUGUACAUGCCCUGGUAAUCCGUCUGGCCCUUCGGACUUGUGAAUGUUGACCUGUUUAAAGGUCUUACUCACAUCGGCUACAGAGAGCGUGAUCACAUAGUCGUCCGGAACAGCUGAUGCUCUCAUGCAUGUUUCAGUGUUACUUGCCUCGAAGCGAGCAUAGAAGUAAUUUUGCUCAUCUGGUAGGCUUGUGUCACUGGGCAGCUCGCAGCUGUGCUUCCCUUUGUAGUCUGUAAUAGUUUUCAAGCCCUGCCACAUCCGACGAACGUCAAAGGCGGUGUAGUACAAUUUGAUCUUAGUCCUGUAUUGACGCUUUGCCUGUUUGAUGGUUCGUAGGGCAUAGCAGGAUUUCUUAUAAGCUUCCGGGUUAGAGUCCCACUCCUUGAAAGCGGCAGCUCUACCCUUUAGCUCAGUGCGGAUGUUGCCUGUAAUCCAUGGCUUCUGGUUGGGGUAUGUACGUACAGUCAAUGUGGGGACGAUGUCAUCAAUGCACUUAUUGAUGAAGCCAGUGACUGAUGUGGUGUACUCCUCAAUGCCAUCGGAAGAAUCCCGGAACAUAUUCCAGUCUGUGUUGGCAAAACAGUCUUGUACCUUAGCAUCUGCUUCAUCUGACCACUUUUUUAUUGACACACUGGUGCUUCCUGCUUUAGUUUUUGCUUGUUAACAGGAAUCAGGACGAUAGGAUUAUGGUCAGAUUUGCAAAAUGGAGGGUGAAGGAGAGCUUUGUACGCGUCUCUGUGUGUGGAGUAAAGGUGGUCUUGAGUUAUUUUCCCACUGGUUGCACAUUUAACAUCCUGGUAGAAAUGCGGUAAAACUGAUUUAAGUUUCCCUGCAUUAAAGUCCCCGGCCACUAGGAGCGCCACCUCUGGAUGAGCGUUUUCCUGUUUGCUUAUGGCCGUAUACAGUUCAUUGAGUGCGGUUUUAGUGCCAGCAUCGGUUUGUGGUGGUACAUAGACAGCUACGAAGAAUAUUGAUGAAAACUCUCUCGGUAGAUAGUGUGGUCUACAGCUUAUCAUGAGAGACUCUACCUCAGGCGAGCAAAACCUCGAGACUUCCUUAGAUAUCGUGCACCAGCUGUUGUUUACAAAUAUACAUAGACCGCCACCCCUUGUCUUACCAGAGGCUGCUAUUCUAUCCUGCCGAUACAGUGUAUAACCCGCCAGCUGUAUGUUUUAUUGUCAAUUACACCAGAGAGGUGCAGUGAAUUGUGUUGUUUUACAGGGUCAGCCAAUCGUGUGUAAGAAAUAUUGUAUUAGUGUUGAGAUUGUACUCAAUACAAAUGCCAAUAUAAAAAUGUGUGCUUCCCUUCAUGUCUGUUAGACUUCCAUUCCUGCAGACGAAUCGGAGGCUGUUGCUGCCCAUCCACAGCCUGGUGUGUCUGGCUACCUUCAGCCUCUCCCUGCCCUUAGCCAUCAGCCUAUUCCCACAGAUGUCUCAGGUACUACUGCUGCUGCUAUCCCUGGAGGCUGGCUGGACAGCUGGGGAGGAAUUCACCUCACACACACUUCACUUGUCAUUUCUUUCUUCACUUUUCAGUUACCUUUUUUUUCUCACUUGUAGUUAAGAAAGAACAACAAAGGUUCUGGGUUUAGAGGUACUGUGAAUGGCUAUUAGGCGUUGCAGAGGGUUGGUAGGCGUAUUGUGUGCUUACAUCUCUUUCUCUGGUUCAACGUCAAUAGAUCGAGGUGUCUCAGCUUGAGCCUGAGAUCGCCAUGGCAACCGAUAGCAAGGUGGUGACCUACAACAAGGGACUGUGAUGACGGCCCCCGAGGAGAAAGUAGAGGACAGGGCACGGAACAGCGAUUUAAAUGAGCCUCCUUUUUGAUUGGCUGUCACGGACACUCCAGGUCUCUCUGCGGAGUAGGGUGAAGUUGCACCUAG